CUCAACCUCUGACCUCACUCUGACAAUGUCUUCAUUCUCUAAUCCAGAUUCGCAAGCGCGCGUCUCAACACGCUUAUCACUACGAUGGCUCCCAGAACCUCCUACCGAGACAACAGACACCCUCGUCCUGAAUGUAGGAGAUUGGUACGUCGACCUGCGCGUAGACAAGACAUCCAAGAAACUUGACUGGGCCCUUGCUGGGCAAUAUCUACGGCAGGAUAUCCCCAAACAAGUAUCAGAGACCGGUACCCUAUACCUAAACACCGUCUAAACCGGAUACCAGGUAUUUUGGCUAACUUCAGAAAAGAAAAGAAAAUAGUGCAUAUAGUCUUCACGCACGACAUCGACUCGCACCACAAUUUCAACAUCAGCGCCCCCUGCCCCUUCAUCACACAGCCCAACGGUGACGAUCUAGAAACAGGAGCCAUGGCCCGACCUGAUGUCCCGGGCGAACCGGUGACAGAAUAUGAAGAGGUAUGGCGGUAUCUACCCCCGCUCCGUGGGCCUGAGGGACAGGCAUGUGUCUCGUACGUGCUCGAGUCCGACGACGGUGUACUAGGGGAUGGACUCCAUAAACUUAAUAAAGUGUUUAUUGCCCGGAUUGGCGGGCAGUGUCUUGUUUUCCAGCAGGAUGUAACCCAUGAGCGUCGUCAGAUCUCACGAGGGAAGUGGACUGUUCAGAUUACGGGAGGGGAUGUGAGUGCGAGACGUGAGGAAUGGGUUGGUGGACGGUGGGAGGCGCGGUAUGUCUUAGGGCCUAGAGGCGAUGAACUACCGUCGAUGUCGGGGGAGCUGGGGAGGUUAGGCCAUGGCGCUAGGCUUUGUCCUGGGGAUAGGCUCAGUUUGGGAGGGUGUCGGUUUAUAGUGCGGGCGUAUGAAUCCUGGCGGAAGAACGAUAGAAGUUCGCAUCUCUAAAGCAGUGCUGUGAUAUAGAAACAGCGCGCGCUUAGAAAAGUCACCUAGUCGAUCCAGCAGGGUAACCGUCAGCAGCCCUACCAAGACAGCGGUGUUUUCUGUCUUUUUGAAGUAUGUACUAUCAAGUACACAAAUUAGAC